ACUCUGAAGAAACACCUUCCAAAUCUGCAUCACAGUCUACCACCACCACAACUACUACUGCUACUACUAUGGUGGACAAGUCAACAAACAUAAGUGUCACGCAGGAUGACGAUAACAAUAAUAACAAUUCUAACGAUGUAACUGCUGUUACUAUUCCACAAAAUAAUACCAAUGAUGAUAAAAGCACAACGCAUAACCAUAGUUCUCCAACCAAGAUGACUGACGACAGUAUACCUAGUCUAAUGGAUAAAACCAACAAGGAUAGUGAUAAUCAAGAAGCUACAACUCAAAUCACAACGGAUAAUACAACAACAAAUGAAGACCAACAAUCAUCGCUAAAUGAUUCAGCUGGCGAUGAUUUCUUGGACUCCACCAGCAACACAGAAUUAAACGAUAAUAACAACAACAACCAAGAUGACGGCGUUGACUACGGGCAACAGUCAUAUCUGGAAGCAGACGGCUUUGACGAUUUUGAUAACAAUGAUGAUUUUAACGAAUUCAGCUCUAUGAACAAUGAUGAGGAUGACGGAUUCAAUGACUUUGAUGACUUCCAAGCUGGAGAUAUGACGAACGAUGAUGAGUUUGGUGACUUUGGUGACAUUCCUGAACCCAACGACGACACUGUUGAUUUAUCUACAGCAAAACAAGAGCCAUCGUUGUUGCCAGCUAUAGAAAAUCAAGCCAUCAAAACAUCAUCACCAUCUAUAGCUGAACAAUAUGCACAGGUGAUGGAAAAAGAUGAAAACAGUCGAACAUCUUUUAUUCAAAACAUAUUAUCUCACUUGUGGACCCCUUUAGACGACGAAUCGGAUACUAGCCUUGUUGAUUCACCAGCAUCUAAUCGUGAUAUGCCCCCACCAUCAUCAUCAACAACAAUAGCAGAAACGUCACCACAAAAAGAUCCUCAAAAUAAUUUGGCCGUCAACGAUAUAUUAUGUACUCAGUGCAGUCUUGAUUUAUGGCAAAAACUCUCUCGUGAUUCUGUGUUUUACAAUCCUAUAACAGGCUCAAUCGGUCAAUUCCAGUGGACAAGAUCAGAAAUCAAUCGUGCUUACUUGAAUGCUUUAGGAGUACAGAUUAAUUAUGAAGAUCGACUACAAGAUCUCCGACCCACUUCUAUGACUUCUUCACCAUCAUUACAACAACGCCCUCGAAGCCACGCUCCAUCUUAUGAAUCAACAAAACAUUCUCCAUCUUCUCCAUCCUUGACAAGAUUAGCAGUAGACAGGACGACAACAACAAACCACACACGGUCAAAUUCAUUAUCCAGUGGUCUAUCUUUGACUAGCGCUGCUGCUACGAUGGCCGCUCUUCAAGGUGCCAACAAACCACCUGUAGAAGAAGAACCUGAAUUGGAUAUAGACAUUGCCAAGGCAUAUUGUGAAUUGACAGAAGAAACCAUCCGAGUAUUCCCAGAUGUGAAAUUAAAUGCCAUGGUGGUUGAAUUAUCAAGAUUACAACGACAAGCCAAAGAAUAUUUGGGUUAUUUACUAGAUCAACGUGAACAACUGAUGAUGGAUGCGGAGACGUACAACGAUUUGAUCAGUUGCAUUGUGGGACACGCUCAACGACUUCGGGAACAGAAUGUAGCCAAGGAUGGUAGUCCAGCUAUGGUCAGUAAAAAGAAGAAAACAGGUGGAUUCUCAGGAAUGAUCAAACGGAAAAAUACAACUGGUGGUACAAGUGGCACUUCUAUGGGUGGAGGUGUAGUUGGUGUCAAACCAUCUGCGACUACAUCUACUAGCAAAUCCAUUCAUCCUGGUGAAGGUCGAAGGUCCAUGUAGUUAAUUCUCAAUAAUAUAUAUAUAUUGUUUUUAUUUGUAUUAUUUAUACCUAUUUUUUUUUUUUUUUUU